AUGUGCUUUGACGGUGCAGCUGUAAUGAGUGGAAGGCAUGCAGGUGUGCAAACGAUUUUACGUGAGAACUAUAUGACUAGAGCAAUUUAUAUACAUUGUUUCGUUCACAAACUGAAUCUUGUAAUUUGUGAUGUAUCGAAAGUUGUUCCUUACUUGUCAGAAUUCUAUUCGAUCGUAUCAAAGAUUUACACAUACUUUAACGCAUCAAGUGUCACGAAUGAAUGCUUUAAAAACAUUCAACAACAACUAUUAACAGAAAAUAAUAAUAUUCCAACAUCAUUGAAGAAAUGGUCUAACAUACGCUGGGAUAGUAGAUGGUCUUCUGUUAAUGCGUUGAUCGGAAAUUAUAAAAGUCUUUUACUUUCUUUGGAAGAAUUAGAAAAUGAAAAUGAUGAAAGAUCAGUUGAUGCGCGUGGUUUAUUAUUAGCACUUAAAGUACCAAAAUUUAUUGUUACACUUUUUAUUGUUCAUAAAAUAUUUGGUAUUAUUAGAAUUCUUUCUGAUCAGCUAAAAGCUAAAACAAUGGAUUUUCAUAAAGCUCAGUGUUUAAUCAAAUCGGUUAUCAAUCAAAUAGCUGAUCUUCGUGAUGAACAUGCAUUUUCUUUUAUAUAUCAACAGAUCACAACUUUUUGUACAGAACAUCACAUUGAUCUUUCGUCAACACCAAGACCAAUUAGAAAUAAAAAAGUUUCAUCGAGAUUCAAAGAUGUUAUUAUUAAUAGUACUAUUGGUCAACGUGAUUAUUUGAAUAAUGAAGAUGAUUAUCGAGAAAAUCUUUUUCACCUAACCAUCGAUGCUGUAUUAAUAGAAUUAAAUGAUCGUUUUUCUGUACAUAAUUUAGCAGUUUUAGCUGGUAUGUCAGCACUUUGUCCAGAUAGCGAUACAUUUCUGCAAAUUAACAUAUUAAAAGCAUUUGCAGUACAAAUGAAAGCUGAUUUUUCUUCAUUAUCCAAUGAAAUGCAAGUAAUUAAACCGAUGAUAAAAGAUACAAAUACAAAAUUAGAAAAUAUUAUUGAUUUUUAUUCUUAUCUAUUACCAUUGAAACAGGCAUUUCCUAUAAUAAUAUCUCUUAUCAUUGCUGCUAUGACAAUUCCAGUUUCAUCCACUACGUGUGAGAGAACGUUUAGUAAGAUGAAAUUGAUAAAAACAAUUACACGCAACACAAUGUCAGAUAAUCGACUGAGUGAUCUAUGUGUUUUAGCAGUCGAACGCGACUUCGUUGUUGAUUUCGAGAAACUUAUAGAUGAUUUUGCUGAUUUGCACAAGAAUAGUAGAAUUUUGUUAAAGUAA